ACUUAGAUUUAUUGCAGCAUCGCGAGUAAGCGAAGUAUGCAGCGACAACAAGUGCUCACGUUAUUUCCGAUAUCUGGUCAAAUUUAUUAAAUCUUAUUGGGAAAUCAGCUCACAGACACAUUAGUUAAUAAUGUAUACGGCUAAAAAUGUAGACAUAUUUCGAUAUGUUGCUUUGUUCUUGGUUGUUAUUGUUCACGCAGAACAAUGUCACAGGUCUUUAUCCGUAGUGAAAGGAUGUAACGGAAGUAGAAAUUGCACUACCGGUUGGAAGCAUCUUCUCCGCUCGGAUCAGCUGGCACAGACGCUUGCAGGUGUCAGUCCGUUUCUCUCGGAAGAGUACAAUCGCAGGUGUAACGCAUGCGCAGAGCAACGGAACUUGAGUGCCACGCCAAGAGACUGCAGGGAAGUGUACCACAACGGUGAUCGGACGACUGGGGUCUACACAAUCUAUCCUAUGGCAAUUAAGGCUUUACAGGUUGUGUGCGACAUGGCCACGGACGGCGGGGGCUGGACGGUCCUACAGAGGCGAGUGUCAGACACAGACUUCUACAAGACAUGGUCAGAGUACCAGAGCGGCUUUGGAGAUCCGCAAAACUUCUGGCUCGGAAAUGAGAACAUCUGGGCGCUGACAAGUACCAGAAACUACGCACUUAGAAUAGAUCUUACGGCGCCUGACGGACAGACGGCUUUCGCUCAAUACAGCUCGUUUAAAAUCGAAAACUCCCAGUCUAGAUAUCGACUUCACAUUUCCGGUUACAGCGGCACGGCCGGAGAUAGUUUAGGGGGCAGUCGUCACGACGGUCACGUUUUCUCCACAAAGGACGUGGAUUCCACGGCCGGAUGUCCGGCCCUGUACCGCGGAGGUUGGUGGUACGACACCUGCCAUUCGUCCAAUCUCAACGGCGUCUACAAUAACACCACUUACGGCAUGGGGCUGAACUGGUUCUCAUGGAAGGGCUAUUACGUAUCCAUGGUGAAAACGGAAAUGAAAAUAAAAUGAUGAACUCUUCAGAAAAUUAAACGUACGUUUAAAGAACUACUUUAGUCGUCUAAAGUAUAGACUAUUCUAUUGGUAUCUAUCUAGUAUUCGUCUCAUUCUGUCUGGACUACAUUACUAAUAUUCAUUCUAAAAUUAUCUGUCUGUUUUAUGUUAGCUUAUUUGAAUGCGGGAUCACGAAAGUAAUAGACAUUUGCUUCAUGCGGACUCCUUUUAUACGCGAAGAUUGAACCUGUCACGCAGAUAAUUAUAUUACAUGUAUUAUGUUUCCAUUAUAAAGUAUGUGUUAUUAUUGCGUUGUUACGUGGAAUGCAAAUGUUUCCGUGGCGAAAAUCUUGAGUAUUGGAUAACUAAAAUGGGAAAAUUCGUGGUCGUAAGAUAGUAUUUUGUGUAACUUAUAAUCUACACUGACGAUAUAACUCGUUCAAAAGAAAUUUUGCAUAUUUUCCUAUUUUAUAACGCAACAUUUCAAAACUACGGUAUUGUUUGUUUGAUAAAUAUAUAACGUGUAAUGCCAGCUAAUGUAGUUUUACAUGUUAAUCCCAAAUAUUGGAAAAUUUCAAAAGAAGUGCACGAUUGCAGUCCAAACACGACUGUUUACAUAAGUGAACAGUUUUAAACGCACUUCAGUCAGUGGUGCAUUUUAAUCUAUUGUCUAGCGCAUAUAUAGUAUGUGGUCAAAAAUAUUUGAAACGUGUUUAAGUGAGUGAGCAACUCGUAUGAGUUCUUUUUUUGAAUGAUUAAGUGCAGAUUCUAACAUAGGGAUGAAAUAAGCGAACAUAACCAUGUACACUGCAACAAAUUGUUAACAUUAUCAAACAAAAUUUAAGUUCAAUGUGCUGCUUGUCUGUGCUUGAAAGUACUGCUAGAUAACCAAUGAUUUACAGGGUCGCAAUUUAUAGCUUCGGUAUUAUAAAGGUGCUUUUGCAUUGAUAUGUUUUUAAAUACACAACAACACACGAUAACCGACAUUCAAAUCAUGAACAGAAACCUGAACUAAUUUGAGUAAGCAGACAGCAAAAUGCAGAUGAAAAAAACAACAACAACAACAGAAAGUAGCCAAACAUCAUACAGGUGUGUGCAUUGGUGCUUGAUCUACGAAUUCAUACCCACAUGGUUAGACGCUAAACAAACAAACAAUAAUAAUAAUAAUAAACAUUGUUGUAAUAACUCUACGAUGCUUCAAAUGAAAUUUAAGUAAGAG